CGGGGCGGGCGCGAGGCGGCGGCGGCGGCGGCGAUGGCGGCCGAGCUGGAGUCCUCGCUGGAGCUGAGCUUCACGGGCAGCGGCACGGUGCCGGGCGGCGGGCUGCCCCCCGCGCGCUCCCGCAUCUUCAAGAUCAUCGUCAUCGGCGACUCCAACGUGGGCAAGACGUGCCUCACCUACCGCUUCUGCGCCGGCCGCUUCCCGCAGCGCACCGAGGCCACCAUCGGCGUGGACUUCCGCGAGCGCGCCGUCACCAUCGACGGGGAGCGCAUCAAGAUCCAGCUAUGGGAUACAGCAGGCCAGGAGCGCUUCAGAAAGAGCAUGGUGCAGCACUAUUACAGGAACGUACACGCUGUCGUGUUUGUGUACGAUAUGACAAACAUUGCCAGUUUUCAUAGUCUGCCGUCGUGGAUAGAGGAAUGCAAACAACACCUCCUCGCCAACGACAUACCACGGAUUCUUGUGGGAAAUAAAUGCGACCUGAGAAAUGCUAUUCAGGUACCUACGGACUUGGCCCAGAAGUUUGCCGAUACCCACAGCAUGCCGUUAUUUGAAACCUCUGCCAAAAACCCCAAUGACAAUGACCACGUGGAGGCCAUAUUUAUGACGCUGGCUCACAAGCUUAAAAGUCACAAGCCAUUAAUGCUAAGUCAACCCCCAGAUCGUGAUCAAAUACACAUAAAGCCUGAACCGAAACCCGCCAUGACUUGCUGGUGUUAAAUGUCACUAUUUAUUAGCUGCCACCUUGUCCCGUGUGCAAACGCUCCGAGAUUAUGAUCUUGACGCAGGUCAGGGGGUUGGUAGCAAUUAUAGCAAAUCCCUUUGGCACUUUACUGUGUUGUUUGUUUUUUUUUUCUGGUGUAGACGUGCCCAUCUCAUUUUCUUGCGCUUCGUUAUUCUACGUUCUGAAUUACUGAAGUUUCACUAUAAAUAUGCAGGAAAGUAACCUUUCAGAUGAAGUUUUAAGAAAGCAAGCCUUCUCGAGCUCUGGCUCUCUGAGAUCGUGUCUGUUGCUCGUGGCAGAGUUGUAAAUAGUAAGACGGUUUACUAGCGUGUUGGUUGCUCCCUGCAUUGGGAUAAUGUAGGAGGAAAAGUAUUUCGGGACGGCCAGAUGUGCAGAUGAGCGGGUGGGGAGAUUUGCGCUGUCUGAAGGAGUAUUGGAUGCCUGCUAGCAAACUGAGGGCCUGUUUCUUUAAAAAGCAGACAGGACCCUCAGAUUAAGUUUGAGCCGUCAGCGUAAGUGCAAACUGCUGGCUUUGGUGCCCUGUCGUCGCAUGGCGAACUGCUUCUCUGUGGCAGUGGUGGGAGCGUUGAGCAAUUUGUCCCUACCUCUAGGCGAUUAUCUGGUACGUAACGCUUCAUUAAUUCAUCGUAAUUAAUGAUAAGACCAAUCUGCCCUUAAGGAAAGUCCCGUAGCACGGGAUGUGGGGGAAGAACAGGGACUAGAACUAUCUUCAGCCUCUUUGACCGUACUAAGAUUUAGAUGUUCACAGAAUCACAGAAUCGUAGGGGUUGGAAGGGACCUCCAGAGAUCAUCGAGUCCAACCCCCCUGCC